CAGAUGUGAAAGUGAAAGUUAAUCUGAACUAAAUCCAUUUGCAUGGGCGUUGCGUUGGAUUGGGUUUUCUAGAAGAAAUUACAUUAUAUUUGGAGUCUCAGUAGAAUCAUUUAUAUGAAUUGAGAUUUCGGGUGAACUCAUUAUAGGCUACUUAUUUCUCUCUAAAAGGACCAAAGCAUAUCCGAAGUUGGAAGAGGGAUACCGCGCCUUACGGCAAAAUGGGUUCUCUGGAGAGGCACAUGUGCCUUGUGGUCGCUCUUUCUUUGUCAUUGUGUAACGCUGAACCUGAAAGCCUCGUGGUUGUUGUCAGGUCGCCCAUCUCGGUGCCCCGAGGCCACACGACCACAUUACCAUGCUGGCUCAACCCUCCACAAAGUGCAGAGGGUUUGGAGGUACGUUGGUACCGUCCCAAUCACUUUGACUCCCCGGUCCUGCUUUACCUUGCCAAAAAGUUUGACAAUGCAACCCAGGAAGCUUCAUUCAGGGGCAGAGUGUCAUUUGGCUUAAAGGACGUCGUGUCUGGGGGGCUGAAAGCAGGGGAUGUGAGCCUGAAGCUGACAAAUGUGACGCUUGAAGAUGCUGGAGGAUACACCUGUUACGUCAGCAGCGACCAGGUUUAUGAUAGUACAAGUGUCAGUCUCAAUGUGACUCAAACAGGAACCUCCCCUCUUCUGUCAGCUGUGCGGAGAGAAGAUCACAUGGUGAAUGUGAGCUGUGAGUCUGAAGGCUGGUAUCCAGAGCCUAGUCUGCGCUGGUCGGAUCCAAAGCAGGCUCAGUCCUCAAAAAACACAAAGUACAGCAAAGACUCUUCUGGUCUUCUGUCGGUCCACAGCUGGAUUCUGGUCUCCGGCUCCACAGAGGUUUCCUGCUCAGUGGGCCUCUCUGGUCCCGAGGCAAAGUGGGCAAGAAUGCGCCUGGAAAAACCUCCUCAAGCUGAGUGUGGAUCCUCACAUGGUGGAUGGAUAGCUUUCGUACUCCUCCUCAUUUUGAUGUUAGCUCUACUUGGAGUGUACUUCUACAAAAAGAGAGUGAAGAAAGCUCGAGUAAGACGUGACAACGAUGAAGAAAGUCAAAAACUUCUCACAAGAGGAGACAUCCUGUCACCAGAUCUAUCACACUUCAACUAUGCAAAUGUGACCCUUGAAAAUGUGGGAAAUCCAAACCUCACAGUCAGGGGUUGUAUGGUGAGAGAUGCCGGCUGCCCAGGUAUACCUGGUGGAACCUGUCUCACAGCUAUCAGAGGAACACCUGGCUUCUCCUCAGGACUACACUACUGGGAGGUUUCGAUGGAAAAUAUCAAUAACGUUAAAAUAGGUCUGAAAGAGUCCUGGUGGGUAGGUGUUACAAGUGCAACUGAGAUCUCUCAGGAUACCUCCCCAACUACAUCGAAUGGUUUCUGGUUCUUGUCGUCUUCACCUGACAGACCCGAUAGAUUUCAGUUUAGCACCGAACCAAAUGUUUUACUUCCCGUCCGUUCCAGGCCUCAGACAGUUGGUGUCUAUUUGAACUAUGACAGUGGAGAGCUUUCAUUUUAUAAUGCCAAGGAUAAAAGUCUCAUUGGAUCUUUCAAAGCGAAUUUCACUGGUGAAGUUUUUCCACUUUUCAAUCCUGGUGUGGGUGACACAGCACCUAUGACGAUAUUACAGAGAGAGAAACACAGUGAGAAUAAUGAUGUGCAAGAAAACCCACUACUUCCCAAACACCAACCAUGACUAGUGUUAAAACAUGUCUGUACACGUAUAUAGUGCAUCAAGUCUCUUGCUUCAAAUCCAGAGAAAGUUCCAGAAUAAAAGAAUAAAUGUAAACGUAGAAACCACAACUGAACUCCCCCUCCUCCAAAUGCAUGCCCUGCACCUACUUACUGAAAUGUCGAUAGGCCUAUCUCAUUACUAUGUUAACGUGUCGUUUAUUUACACAGCACAUUUCAGCAACCAGGCAGUUCAAAGUGCUUCACACAUGACAUCAGAAGCAUUGCGACAAAAGGAAAAAUAAUCGUUAAAAUGGAACUUAAAAAAAAAAAAACACAGAGAAAGAAACAUAAAAGCCAAAAUAAGACAUUCAAAUACAAAAUAUAUAAAUAACCUCAAAUAUAUAACUGCCUGCUCUGAGCUCCUCUGUGUUAUAUUGCUCUGGAGUCCAAACUACACAGUCUUACAUUUCCAACAGACACAGGUUCACCUGCAACCUCCUAAACCACAGCCCUAAUGUGCCCUGGAAACCCCACCCAGGUGUGCUGUAUUGGAAUAAAAGUAUGUUGUCUUUGUUCCUUUUUAAACAGUUCUGGGAACCAAACAUGUAUGAAUACUCUUUGGUAAGGUCACAUAUUAUAUAUAUACAUAAAAAAAACUUGUUUUUGUAACACUAAUAUGUGUCUCUAGUCUGUCUACAAACCCCCUAAUUAUGAGAAAAGUCCAUCAUUUAUUUUGCCUGCUCCACUUUUCAGAAAAUGUAUACUCAAACAGGCCGUUUAGAGAUUUACCCUCCAUGACAUCACAAAGGGCAGUAACCCCUCCCCCAGGUGGAUGACACUCCCACAGCUAGUUGUUUGUUCUGACCUCUCAGUCUGCUUUCUCCCUGUAAAAAAUUGGGCGUGGAGCGAGAAAGCCUGAGCCACUACUCCUUCCAGAGAGCGGUGUGCUCAGACACAGCUCAUUUACAUAUUUAAAGCUACAGACACAGAAACAGUCUGUUCUGAGCAGGGCUGAAAUAGACUAGUUUAUAGACAUGCUAAAAUACAGGAUCAGAGGGGAUUUAUACCAAGAGACUUCAAAGACGUGUUUCGAGGACCUUUGCCACUAAACUUGUUGAAAAAGAAUUUAAUGUGACCUUUAGAGCAAAAUGAUUGAUUGUCUUAUUAGCUCCAACUGAAAACCAGCUGAAUGUGGAAUUUAUAAAAGUAAAAGAAAGGUCUCAUGACAUUCCAGUUUUAUGAAUUUGUAAAUAUUUUAGAUGAUGAAUAAUUUAAUUCUUGCAUGAUUUAUACCUCACAUUUGUACCAUGCUCUGAAUUCAGCAACCACUUCUCAAGGACCAACACAACUGCAGCGUCUAAGUUACUCUGAAGUGUUGUCAGAAGAUUUGGGCAGAGAAGAUGUU